AUGGCGUUACAAGUAGGAUCCGAUUUGACUUUAGAUGAUCCAGACAAUGCAGAAGCAUGGAUUAGAUGCUUUUCAGCAUCCGCACGUUCAAAGAAAUUAAAAGAUGAGAUAAAUGGUAGCUAUGAGAUAACAGAUUUCUUUAUGGCAAAAGCAGGCAUUGAAGCGAUUACAAAGAUUUCCCUUAUGGUAUAUCCAGAAGAAUUAGAAAAUAUGAUGUUCGAUGAUAUUAAAACUGUUGUUAUGUCCCAUUUGAGGCCUCAAAAACGACUAAUUAUUGCUGAAAGUGUUCAAUUUUUAGCAUUAAAACAGCAAAACAAUGAAAACAUCGUAUCAUAUGCACAAAGAUUACGCGGAGCUUCGCGCUUUUGCAACUUCGAAAAAUUGGGAAGAGACGGCCAAAGCGCGGAAGAUGAUUUGAUUCAAAUGAGAUUGAUUGAUGGCCUCCAAUCUUCUGAUCAGAGAGUUAAAGCUCUAGAAAUGAUACAGGGUGGAGAAUCGCCUAAACUAGGAGCAUGUAUUGAUUUUAUCAGGCAACUGGAGAAAAUAUCCUGUUUUAGUAUACAAAACAACAUUGAAAACAGCAUAGACCUUCCUUCAGUUAAUUACAUUGAUAAAAAUAAAGAAAGAACAAUUAAAUGCAAGUAUUGUGGCCUUCAACACCCACCUAGGAAAUGCCCAGCAUUUGGGAAGAGUUGUAAAAAAUGUGGGAAGCUGAACCACUUGAAAAACAUAUGCAAAGCAAACAUUAAAUAUGAAAAAAUAGUAAAAGAAAUAGAGAACGAUGAUGCUAUUGAGUAUUCCAUUAACAUGAAUGAUGCAAACUCAGAGAUUAGUGUAAAAAUUAAUGACUACAAUAUAAAAAUGCAAGUUGACACCGGAAGUCAUGUCACAAUUAUUCCAAAGAUUUUUUGGGAACUAAUGUCUAAACCGAAAUUACAAAAAUGGUACCUUCGCCUGAAACAGUUUGAUGGUACAGUUAUAAAAGUCCUAGGUGAAUUUGAGGCAACUUUGGAAACCGAAUCAAAAAUAAAUAUUGUACGAAUUAUUGUUGUAGACUGUACAACAAAUCAUGGUCUAAUCGGUAUGGAUGUAUUAAAUAUCAAUCCCACAAAAUUAGUUAAUAGUAUGGAACCUAUUGUUCAGGGGCGUUUAAUUAAUUACAAAGCAAAUAUUCUGUUAAAAAAACGGCACGCAACCCACUUAUUUUGA